AUGAAAAAAACCAAUGGUCUCGGGGUUGACCUUAUACUCAACACCCUGGUCGGGGAUCUGCUGCAUGAAUCGUGGAGAAUAUGUGCGGAUGGGGGAACAUUUGUCGAGUUGGGGAAGCGAGACAUCAGAGAGCGAAAGUCCAUUUCCAUGGAGCCAUUUGACCGAAACUGUUCGUUCAGAGCUGUUGACCUCUCGUACAAACAAAUCAGCAGUGAGCUGAUGAAAGGAAUUCUCAAGCGAAUCCAUGAUUUGGUUAUAGAGGGGCAUAUCCAGCCUUUAAAUCCGGUCACUCCAUUUCCAUUCAGUGAUGUACAGGGUGCAUUCAGACAUCUCGCAAAGGCAUCUCACAUUGGUAAAGUCAUCCUUUCUUGCUUCCAUGGACAGUCCACAUGCCGAGACUCGCAUUGCAUGGUCUCCGUUCGAUCUGCCGAGCCCAAGGUACAGCUUCGCCCAGACGCCUCAUACCUUGUCGUUGGUGGACUCAAAGGAAUCUGCGGGCGGUUUGCCUUUUAUAUGGCCAAAGCUGGGGCGAGGCAUCUUGUAAUUAUGUCACGUUCUGGCUGUGAUGACUCUCGCUCACAAAGUGUCCUCGCCCGCCUGAAACAUAUGGGGUGCGAGGUUGUCGUCAUCCGUGGGGACGUAUGCCAGCUUGGGGAUGUGGAGCGUGCAAUAACUGCGGGACCCAAACCAAUUGCUGGUAUUGUUCAUGGAGCAAUGGUUCCAAUUGGUAAUAUCUUCGAAAGCACAAGCGCAGCUGACUUCGCGGCUACCAUUGCGCCAAAGGUGACUGGAAGCUGGAAUCUACACACUGCAGCGCUGAAUCGAGCGCUUGAGCUCGACUUUUUCACCAUGCUCUCCAGCCUCUCUGCUGUCCUUGGUCUGAAAGGUAAUGCUAGCUACGCUGCUGGAAAUCAUUUCCAAGAUGCUUUUGCUGCAUAUCGCCAGAGCUUGGGAUUAGCUGCGAACGCAAUCGAUCUGUCGCUGGUGGAAGAUCUGGGCUACAUGACUGAAAGCACAUCAGUCAAACAGCAAGUUGCUGGCGAGGGCAAACUCGUCUUUUUCAAAGAGCGCGAUCUGGAUAGAAUCAUUCAAGAUUCAAUUCUGGAACAGACUGCUAGACAUGGAGAUGCAAUCCCACAGCUAAUCACGGGCUUAAAUUCCCCUAUGCCAGUAACUGGAGAUGGACCCAUACACCACCAAGACCCAAGGUUCAGCACUAUCGUUACGCGCGACACCGUCAAAGUAUCUGGACCGGACUCUGGCUCUGAUGGUUAUGAUAACCUCACUGAAAAGUUGAUUGCCGCCCUGAAGAAAAAUGAUGAAGUCAAGCGAGAUGUCAUCGUAAGCGCUGCAUUAAAUGUCUUUAACUUGAAGUUGAUGCAGGUGCUGCAGACCGGCGAGGAGCCACUAGAGCCAGCAAGGUCACUAGCAUCUUACGGAUUAGACUCUCUAUCCGCGAUGCAGUUCCGCAACUGGGUGCAAGUGACUUUUGGCGUGGAAAUAUCAACGGUGGAUAUUACGUCUGCCCCAUCACUGCAUGGAUUGACGCAAAACUUUGUGGACCGGGUCCGCAAGUGA